AUGUCUGCCCCCGAGAACGAGACCAAGCCCGUCGAGGAGGUUGCCGCCCCUGCCGCUGAGGAGCAGAAGCCCGUCACCUCUUCGUCUGUUUUCUCCAUGUUUGGCGGCGGUGCCAAGAAGGAAAAAAAGGAGGAGGAGGACCGCGGUGACAACUCUGGCAGUGCCAAGGCCCAGCGCGAGGCUGCGGCUGCUGCUGCCGCCGAUGAGGACCAGGCCCCCGAGUCGGAGGAUGUCCAUUUCGAGCCAGUCAUCCGCCUGACCGAGAAGGUCGAGGUCAAGACCAACGAGGAGUCGGAGGAGCAGGUGUUCAAGAUGCGCGCCAAGCUGUUCAAGUAUGUUGCUGAGACCCGCGAGUGGAAGGAGCGCGGGACUGGCGAUGUCCGUCUGCUCAAGCACAAGGAGAAUGGCAAGACCCGGUUGAUCAUGCGUCGUGAUCAGACCCUCAAGGUUUGCGCCAACCACUACAUUGUGCCCGAGAUGAAGCUUUCCCCCAACGUUGGCUCUGACCGCAGCUGGGUGUGGAACGCCUCCGCCGAUGUCAGCGAGGGCGAGCCCGAGGCUGUCACUCUUGCCAUCCGCUUCGCCAACUCGGACAAUGCCAACCAGUUCAAGGAUGCCUUCAUCAAGGCCCAGAAGGAGAACGAGGCCCUGAGACUGGCUGCUGAGGCCGCUGCCGAGAAGACUGAGGAGGCCAAGGAGGAGACUAAGGAGGAGGCCAAGGAGGGGGAGAAGAAGGAGGAGACUGCCUAAGCAAAAAAAGAAAAACUUCUUUUGAUUGUUUAUGGAAAAUGAAUGAGCUCAGGAUUAAGUAAACAACCACAUCAAGAUCCCAAAACCACUACCCCCCAAGACUAUUACCCCCAAGCGAUGGAGUAUGUGGAAUAUGGAGAAGAAGGAGGGCUGGAUUACAAUUGCGAAUGUCAUGGUAUGGAUUCUACUCCGCCCCCCCCCCCUUUGGGCCUGGUGGAAUACAUCAGCCGUCCCUCAGCGAAGACGAUGAACAGCAACAUAGCUGUAGAUAGAGGAAUUACGUAGCAUCAAGUUUUCUGUUCGAC